ACGACUUGAAAACGACGUCGCUUGCGGCUGGUCGUCCUCGACAUGCGAUGCGAGGGGGAGCCUGGUUUCGAAUCCGUGGCCUGCAACUUCAAACCCUGCAGCUCUUCAUCUCUAUCGGUCUACCCUCUCAUAGAUAGUCUUACAACGUUUCUCUCUCUCUCUCCCCCCCCCCUUCCCUCAUGGGCGUGAAGCACUUGUGGGAUAUACUUGAAUCCUGCAAGAAAACAAUUCCACUACACCAUCUCCGGAACAAAAGGAUAUGCAUAGAUCUCUCAUGUUGGAUAGUUCAACUUCAGAAUGUGGGCAAAUCCAUAUCGUGUGUGAAGGAGAAAGUCUACCUCACGGGUCUCUUUCACCGCAUCAGAGCGCUCAUUGCUUUGAAUUGCAGCCUAAUUUUUGUCACAGUGUCUCUUUUACUGGUCGUUCUGCGCUUUCUGAAUGUUGUUGGUUUGACAGUAUCCGGCCAUAUCCAUUCACAUACUGUGCCCUUUGCUAUUUCUUAGAUGGAUCAAUUCCUGCUAUCAAGUUAUCAACUUAUAGGCAACGAUUAAACUCUGGAAAAGAUGUAGCACAAAAUGAAAGCAACUUACAGAAAGUGUCUUCUUUACCGAGGAACAGGGGAUCUGAGUUUUCGUGCAUGAUAAAAGAGGCUCACAUCUUGGGGAUGGCUCUUGGUAUCCCAUGUCUGAAUGGGAUUGAAGAAGGUGAAGCUCAAUGUGCUUUGUUGAACUCUGAAUUAUUGUGUGAUGGAUGUUUCAGUUCAGAUUCAGAUAUCUUUCUUUUUGGUGCCAGGACAGUGUAUAGGGAUAUUUGCCUUGGAGAUGGUGGAUAUGUUGUUUGCUAUGAGAUGGAAGACAUUGAAAGGAAACUUGGAUUUGGAAGGGACUCAUUGAUUGCUCUUGCCUUACUUCUUGGGAGUGACUAUAGUCAAGGAGUUUAUGGUCUAGGUCCGGAGCUUGCUUGUCAGAUAGUUAGGUCAAUUGGCGACAAAUGUGUGCUCCAAAAAUUUGCUUCUGAAGGAAUUGAAUGUCUGAAAACACUGAAAGGCGCAAAGAAGAUGGGGCAAGUUUUCAAGAACAAUAAAGAAAAUAUGUUGGACCAUGAUAUGGCAUUGAGUCAUGGAGGCAAGAACAAUUCACAAAGAGAUUAUAACUUCUUGCAAGUUAUCAAUGCUUAUGUGAAGCCGAAGUGCCACCCAGCAGAUUCUGAUAUUGUGAUGAGGGUUCUUGCUCAGUAUCCAUUUCAACGCAGUAAACUCCAACAGAUAUGUGCUGAAUUCUUUCAGUGGCCUCCGGAGAAAACAGAUGAAUAUAUCCUUCCAAAAAUAGCUGAAAGGGAUUUACGGCGAUUUGCCAAUUUGCGCUUAACUUCAUCACAAGUAGGAGUGAAUCUUCCUUUGAAUGAGAUCCCUGUGAAGUGUCCUGUCUCGGAAAUCAUAAAGUGCCGAAAAGUUCAAGGAAGAGAAUGCUACGAGGUGUCAUGGAAUGAAAUGGAUGGACUUGGAACUUCAAUAGUACCGGCUGAUCUUUUAAAAAGUGCUUGUCCUGAGAAGAUUCUAGAAUUUGAGGAGAAAAAGUGUUGGCUUAAGAAACAAAAUAUUCAGAAAAGAAGGCCAAAGAAAUCAGAAACUGCAUCUUCUAUGAUUGAACUUGACCUGAGACUCACGAAUCUGUCACUGGAUGUCAAUCUGGUAGACCAUGCCAGUCACAAGACAUCUGAUUCAUCAGAGCAGGUAUUUCAUGAUGCAUCUGCCAUGGAAGAAGCUGAUCUGAAUAGCAGAAAUUUGUCGUAUUCAUCACAUGAUGAACAGAUUGAAUGGGAUCAGAAUGUGAGGGACACAUAUGGCAAUCAGCAGCAGGGUGAUUCCAUGGCAAAAUAUGAGGUCAUUGACUUACUGAGUCCUUCCCCACCUAAGCAGUCAUGUGCUUCCUCCAGGUGCGCACAGUCUAAUGGUGAACAUAUUGAAGUGAUAAAUUUGAGUGACUCAGAUAGUGACACGUCACCUGAACAUAAGAGGAAAGCCAAGGAGCUGAGAUUGUUCUUAGCAGGAAUUAGGGAUGACCUCCAUUGAAUAGCUAUGUUGGUAAACAGAAUGUUCUUGAUGUAAUUAUUUUUAUUUUUUGUUAAAAGAAACCAUUCUAAUGUGAAGAGCUUGAUUAGUUUAAUGGAGACAUGAUCGAUUGGUGAACAGUUCAA